CGCGUCCCGUCCAGGUACGCUCGUCUGGGCCCUGCGCUUUCGACCAAAGCCGAGGCGGCGGCAGCCAGGUGCGAUCACUGAUGCCCGCGACGUGGGCGCCCGUCUGUGCCAGCGUGUGGCAGGAGCCGCCCAGGUAGCGCUUGGCUGGACCCCGUGUCACCCCGAAAAAGUUAUUGAUGCAAGGACUUCAGGAGAAUCGCGGAUAGUAAAAAUUUCCUCCUUUCAGACGGGCAAUUUUAGAUCUUCAAAAGGUCUUGGAAAUAAGCUCAGCUCCAUCAUUUUUGAUGAGGGUCACAUGGUUUGCAGAGCGGGAGACCUCGAUUUUUUUCUCGAGUUCAGGGUUGCCCCUUCAUUCCAGAAAAUCCUUUCACUCCAUAGUUUAGAGUUGUCCCUCGCCCCUGAUUUUACAUAAUUUUUUUUAAACCUACGUGUGUUACAUGUUUGUAGGAAGAAGAAAUUGGCUGAACAAAACCUGAGAUCAAAUAGCAUGCACCCUUUUUUUAAGUCAAGAGAGUAAAAGUAAACCAUUGCUAUCUUUCACUUGACAGUUUGCAUUUUACUAUUUGGGUCCCACUUUCUCUAAUAGCCAUGAUGUCAGAAGGCAAAUCACCUGACAACAAAAGACCUCGUAGAAACUUAGCUACCACCAAAACUACAACAAAAGUGUCUCAUUCUAUUAUUUCAUAUUUUAACAAUGCACCACCUGCUAAACUUGCCUGCCCAAUUUGUAGUAAAAUGGUGCCCAGAUAUGACUUAAACCGUCACCUUGAUGAAGUGUGUGCUACCAAAGGUGAUAUUCAGCAUGAUCCUGUGCAGGUUGACUUAGUGAAUCCUAGUGCACCAGCAUCAGAUUUGACCAAUAUUGCUUUAAACAAUGUAAUGCCUCAGAAGUCACCACCGAGGACAAGUUUAGCCCCUGACCAAAGUGGUUCAACAAAAACAGGCACAAAACAGAAGACUAGUCCCUAUUUUAAAGAUGCCUCGGGAUGCAAAAAUGAAGAUGAGCUGAGAAAUCAUAGAGUGAAAAUCAUUUCUUUGGGAAGCCUAUCAUCUAAAUUGUCCAGAAAAUGCACAAAAGCAAAAAAGUCACUGGAUAAGAAUGAGGAAUUUGCCAGCCAUGGCCCACAGACUUCCAUACCCACAGCUGAGAGGAGCCUGGUAGGUAACUGUUCAGAAAUGGAGGACAAGGAUCAAAGUUUGGAGAACAGUUCUCAAAAGGAAAAUAUUUUUAUAUGUGAUUCUCUAAAGGAAGAAAAUACUCCAGAACAUGAGGUAAAAAACAGUAAAAUAAUGGAAGAUGAAAACCGAAAAGCUUCCCAGGAAUGUGGGAAGUCAGCCCUCGCCCUUGGGUUCUCAGAUAAUGCUUCUGAAUCAUGUUCACAUGAUGUAACUUUUGGGAAGAAUGAAAAGUCUACUUCAGAAUUCAGUCUUGUAAAACAAGAGAGUGCCAAAGUAGCCCAUGGCAAUACUGAAAAACAUGAGGCAUGUGGUUGUGAAGAAGAAAUGACGGUUGACUCAGAGGUUAAUAUGCAGAUUUUAGGUUCAGAGGUUCAACUUCACAGUCCUUCUAAUGAUGUUUCUACAUGGAGUAACAUCCAGGAGCUUCUUCUGCAAGGUGACAGUCGUCUAGAUAGUGAAAUCGGUUGUAGCCCUCUGGAGCAGGGAUCACGUUGUGAUGUUCCUGGUACAACUCAAACACUGCUGGGUCAUCCUUACUACCUCAGGAGCUUUCUCAUGGUGCUGCAAGCUGUGCUUGAGAAUGAAGAUGAUAGAAUGCUCUUUGAUGAACAGGAGAAGGGAAUUAUAGCCAAGUUUUACCAGUUAUCAGCUAGUGGUCAGAAGUUGUAUGUAAGGCUCUUUCAACGUAAAUUUAACUGGAUUAAGUCGAGUAAAUUGGAAUAUGAAGAAAUUGCCCAAGACUUAACGCCUGUGAUUGAAGAAUUAAAGCAAUCAGGUUUUCUGCAGACAGAAUCUGAGUUGGAAGAACUCUCUGAUGUACUUGAGCUCCUUUCUGCCCCAGAACUGAAAGCCCUGGCCAAGACUUUCCACCUGGUGAACCCCAGUGGGCAGAAGCAGCAGCUGGUCGAUGCCUUUCUCAAACUGGCUAAGCAGCGCUCAGUGUUCACUUGGGGUCAGAGUCAGCCUGGAAUCAGAUCAGUGAUUUUAAAGAGAGCUAAAGACCUGGCUGGACAGUCUGUGCGAGUCUGUAAAGCCCCCAGGGCUGUGUUCUCCCGGAUCCUGCUGCUGUUCUCCUUGACUGAUUCCGUGGAAGAUGAAGAAUCUGCUUGUGGGGGUCAAGGUCAGCUUUCUACUGUGUUGUUGGUCAACCUGGGCCGAAUGGAAUUUCCUAGUUACACCAUUAAUCGGAAAACCCCAAUCUUCCAAGACAGAGAAGAUCUUAUCAGAUAUGCAGAAGCUGCGCACAUGCUGAGUGACAUUUCUGCAGCAGUGGCCAGUGGGGACUGGGAAGAAGCUAAAGAGCGCUCUCAAAGUGCGAAAAGGGAUUGGCUCAAACUGAAAGGCCACCCUUCCCUGAGAUACCAUGAGGAUUUGCCACUCUUUCUGCGGUGUUUUACUGUUGGGUGGAUUUAUACAAGGAUUUUGUCUCGGACUGUUGAAAUACUGGAGAGACUUCACAUGUAUGAGGAAGCUGUCAAGGAACUUGAAAACCUUUUGUCUCAGAAAGUUUAUUGUCCUGACAGCAGAGGCCGAUGGUGGGAUCGACUGGCUCUUAAUCUACACCAGCACCUGAAGCGUCUGGAACCGGCUAUUCAGUGCAUCAAUGAAGGACUGGCAGAUCCAGAAGUAAGGACAGGACACCGGCUUUCACUGUAUCAGAGAGCUGUGCGCCUGCGAGAGUCUCCAAGCUGUAAAAAGUACAAGCACCUCCUUUGCCAGCUGCCAGAAAUGACUGUAGGAGAUGUUAAACAUGUGACCAUCACAGGCAGGCUGUGCCCACAGCGUGGGAUGGGCAAGUCUGUGUUUGUCGUGGAGGCUGGAGAUACCACCACCCCAACCACAAUCCUGUGCUCUGUGGAAGAGCUGGCACUGGACUAUUAUAGACGGAGUGGCUUUGACCAGGGGAUUCAUGGGGAAGGAUCCACCUUCAGUACACUGUAUGGCCUCCUCCUAUGGGAUAUCAUCUUUAUGGAAGGGAUAACAGAUGUCUUCAGAAAUGCCUACCAGGCAUCGCCACUGGAUUUAUACACAGACAGCUUCUUUACAAGCAGAGCGCAGGCCCUGGAGGCCAGGUUGCAGCUAAUCCACAGCGCCCCUGCAGAGGACCUGCAGGCCUGGGUGGCAAAGACUUGGCAGGCCCAAGAAGGGAGAGUGACUUCCCUGGUCAACUGGGAUCGCUUCACUUCUCUCCAGCAAGCUCAGGAUCUAGUGACCUGCCUGGGGGGCCCUGUCCUCAGUGGUGUGUGCAGGCGCCUGGCUACUGACUUUCGGCACUGUCGAGGGGGCCUCCCUGACCUGGUGGUAUGGAAUUCUCAGAGCCAUCACUGUAAGAUGGUGGAAGUUAAAGGCCCUAAUGAUCGUCUUUCACAUAAGCAAGUGAUCUGGUUGGAUGAACUGCAAAAGUUGGGGGCUGAUGUAGAAGUUUGCCAUGUUCUUGCAGUUGGUUCUAAGGCCAAAGAUCACAGCUAAAAGUUAUGAAAUUAGGAACACCUGAUCAUUUAUUGAUGCAAUAUUUUCAAAGAAUAAAGCUAUAUUAUAUUGUAUUUAAUUUUCACCUAUCAGUUAUAAACCUUAUAGUUUGAUGACUCACCAUUACACAGUGUCUUGUAUAUCACAGAACUGGGUAUCUGAAUACACUAAUUGAUUCCACACUGUGGGUGAUGAAUUUUUUAAAUGUCAAAAUCUUGGCAGUCAUCUUAGGAGCUGGAUGCAUCUGUUAUUAGAUUACUUUUUAAAAAGCUGGAAUAAAAACAAACAUGAUUCAUA